AUGGUAAAUCUUGGAGUUCCAAUAAAUUCAGAAAAAAGAGAAAAUGAAAAAACAAAUUUAAAUAUCAAUCUUAAAAAAUUAAAUAUGAAAAGAUUACGGAAUGCACGAAAUAAAAAAGGAUUGCAAAGUGGUAGAAGUACAGGAAGUACAAACAGUAAAAGAAAAGAUGGAAAAAUAAAAUCAGCUAUAAAUAAAUGUAAUGAAAUAUAUAAAAAUAGAAUAUAUGUUAGUGAUUAUAUAUAUGUAUUAGAUAAAUUAAAUAUAGAAAAAAAUAAAAUUACACAUAUAAUUAAUGCAGCAGGAUAUGAAUGUAAAAAUAUAUUUGAAGAUAUGUAUCAAUAUAAAACAUAUUAUUUAAAUGAUGAUAUGUAUGAUGAUAUUUAUUUUGUUUUAUUAGAUUCUUGUUAUUUUAUUAAAAAUGUUUUAAAAGAAAAUCAAGAUAAUAAAAUUCUUAUACAUUGUAAUAAAGGUAUAUCAAGAUCAAUAAUAAUAAUCAUAUUUUUUAUUAUGACCGAAUUAAAUAUAGACUAUUUGAAUGCUUUUAAAAUGGUUAAGAAAAAAAGAAAACUAGCUAAUCCUAACAUGAAUCUAAUAACACAAUUAUUAAAUUUAUUUAAUCAGAAAAAAGAAAUAACCACAUUUAUUCAUUAUCCAAUUAAUAAUUCAAUGUUAAAUCAAGAUAAAAAAGAAAAUGAGGAAAAUUAUGAAAUUUAUUAUAAUUUUAACAUGUUUAGAAUUGAUGCUAUAAAUGGAAAUAUAACACCAACAUACAUAAAAAGAAUAACAAAUAAAACUAAUACAAACACUAUAAUUAUUUUGGAUAAAAGGUUUAAUUAUAUACUUACAAUUAAUUUUAAAGAAUAUUUUUUAUUGUUAUUUCAAGAAGCUUUUGAGCAAAAAUAUAUAUCUUUGUAUGACCAUUUUGUUUUUAUUUCUAACUAUUUUUUUAACCCAAUUUCUGAAAAUACAAAUAAAUCGAUUAUUAGAAAAAACAUUCUUGAAUUUUUGCAAAACUAUAUAAUUAAUGUCAAAGUCUUUGAUACUGUUUCCGAAUUAGACCAGCAUUACCUAAACCUGCAAACCUUUUUAAACCCUCAACCCUGA